AUGGCGUCGUUCCUCGAACAUACCUACAGCUUGGUCCACUUGGACAAUGCUGCCGACCAACCGACUGUGCAGGAGCUCAAGUUGCAGCUUGAGAAAGGCAACGAUGAAACCAAGUUGGAAACCAUGCGGACAAUUAUCACCAUCAUGCUCAAUGGGGAUCCCAUGCCGCAAAUCUUAAUGCACAUUAUUCGCUUUGUGAUGCCCUCGAAAAGCAAGGCUUUGAAAAAGCUGCUUUAUUUCUUCUAUGAAAUCUGCCCGAAGCACGACUCCACCGGCAAGCUGAAGCAGGAGAUGAUCUUGGUCUGCAACGGCAUUCGCAAUGAUCUUCAGCAUCCCAACGAAUACAUUCGCGGAAACACCUUGCGAUUCCUUAGCAAACUGCGCGAACCCGAACUUAUCGAGCCCCUCCUCUCCUCCGCACGCUCGUGUCUGGAGCACCGUCACGCCUAUGUCCGAAAGAACGCUGUCUGGGCUGUGUCUUCAAUCUUCCAGCACUCCGAGCCCCUCAUCCCUGACGCCCCGGAACUGCUUCAGACCUUCCUUGAGUCGGAGACGGACAGCACCUGCAAGCGCAAUGCGUUCGCGGCGCUUAUGUCCAUCAGUCACCAGAAGGCACUCGAAUACCUGCGCACCACAUUCGACACAAUCCCCAAUACCGAUGAGCUCCUUCAAUUAGCAGAGUUGGAGUUCCUUCGUAAGGACGCAGUACAGAACACCCAAAAUAAGGUUAGCAGUUCCCGAUACCUCAAACUCAUGCUCGAGCUUCUCGAUGCGUCUACAAGCACUGUCGUUUACGAAGCCGCGACGUCUCUCACCGCACUCACUAGCAACCCCGUUGCUGUCAAGGCUGCCGCAGGCAAGCUGAUUGAGCUUGCCAUCCGCGAAGCCGAUAACAAUGUGAAGCUCAUUUGUCUCGAGCGUGUCAACCAGCUCCGGAUCCGCAACGAGGGUGUGCUGGAUGAUUUGACCAUGGAGGCCCUGCGCGUCCUUAACAGCCCAGAUAUUGAUGUUCGGAGAAAGGCUCUUAACCUUGCCAUGGAGAUGGUCUCGAGCAAGAAUGUGGAAGAAAUCAUCAUGCUGCUCAAGAAGGAGCUUGCCAAGACCGUUGACGAACAAUAUGAACAGAACAGCGAGUACCGUCAAUUGCUAGUGCAGUCAAUACACUCCUGCGCCAUCAAGUUCUCUGAAAUUGCCGCAAGCGUGGUUGAUCUUUUGAUGGACUUCAUCGCCGACUUCAAUAAUAACUCCGCCGUUGACGUGAUCUCAUUUGUUAAGGAGGUCGUGGAGAAAUUCCCUGAUCUGCGUGGAUCAAUCGUCGCACGCCUCGUCUCGACUCUGAGCGAAGUUCGCGCCGGAAAGGUCUACCGUGGAGUCCUCUGGGUCGUUGGAGAAUACUCUCUGGAGGAGAAGGAUAUUCGGGAUGCGUGGAAGACAAUCAGAGCUAGCCUUGGUGAAAUUCCCAUCUUGGCAUCUGAGCAGCGCCUGCUGGAUGAGGUUCCAGAUGACAACGCCUUGCUUCUGGAGCAGGCCAACGGCCAAUCAAAGGCUGCUCCCACCGGAUCCCGGAAGGUGCUUGCAGACGGCACAUAUGCCACUGAAAGCGCCCUGACCAGUCAGUCAGCCGCCGCCGCUCGCCUUGAGGCCGUCAAGGCCGCACAGAAGCCCCCAUUGCGCCAGCUUAUCUUGGAUGGCGACUACUACCUGGCGACAGUCCUUUCUUCAACACUGACUAAACUGGUCAUGCGCCACUCCGAGGUGUCUGAGGAUAUUGCUCGCACCAACGCCCUCCGUGCCGAGGCCAUGCUCAUCAUGAUCUCGAUCAUGCGGGUUGGCCAGUCUCCCUUCGUCAAGGCCCCCAUUGACGAAGACUCUGUGGAUCGCAUCAUGACAUGUGUGCGCUCUCUGGCUGAAUUCUCGGAGAAGAAGGAGCUCGAAGCCACUUUCUUGCAAGAUACCCGCAAGGCCUUCCGGGCUAUGGUGCAGGUUGAAGACAAGAAACGCGCUGCCAAGGAGGCCGUGGAGAAGGCGAAGACUGCUGUGCAAAUCGACGAUGCCAUCCCUAUCCGCCAGUUCACAAAGAAGAACACCGUUGAGGGAGCGGAAGAGAUAGAGUUGGAUCUCGUUAAGGCUACCGGCGGUGAUUCGACUGUGGAGAACGUCUCUUCCAAGCUCAGCCGUGUGGUUCAAUUGACCGGUUUCUCCGAUUCUGUCUACGCGGAAGCCUACGUUACUGUCCACCAGUUCGAUAUCGUUCUUGAUGUCCUCCUGGUCAACCAGACCACCGACACUCUUCAGAACUUGUGUGUAGAGUUCGCAACUCUGGGAGACCUGAAGGUCGUGGAGCGUCCAUCUACCAACAACUUGGGACCCAGGGACUUCUUGAACGUCCAGGCAACCAUAAAGGUGUCUUCUACCGACACUGGUGUCAUCUUCGGUAACAUCGUCUAUGAUGGUGCUAGCUCAACCGAGACCCAUGUGGUCAUUCUUAACGAUAUCCAUGCCGACAUCAUGGACUACAUUCAGCCUGCACACUGCACCGAGACACAGUUCCGGACCAUGUGGACAGAGUUUGAGUGGGAGAACAAGGUCAACAUCAACUCCAAGGCCAAGAACCUUCGCGAGUUCCUCAAACAGCUGAUGGAGGCCACCAACAUGGGUUGUUUGACGCCUGAGGCUUCACUCAAGGGUGAUUGCCGCUUCCUCAGCGCAAAUCUGUAUGCUCGCAGUGUUUUCGGUGAGGACGCACUGGCAAACUUGAGUAUCGAAAAGGAGGGAGAUGAUGGUCCAAUCACUGGAUUUGUUCGCAUCAGAAGUCGCUCGCAGGGUCUGGCACUGAGCUUGGGCUCUCUGAAGGGCCUCAAGGCGGCGGCUGCCUAA